UUUCCAGGACCUUUGACAGGCAUGUCUGAAGCGGGAAAUGUGGCCUCCGGCCUCGGACUUCCAGGCGAAGUCUCCCAGUGGUCUCUGAAGCGCUAUGGUCGCUUCAUGCUCUUGGACAACGUGGGGUCCCCUGGGCCUAGCUCGGAAGCUGCUGCAGCGGGCUCGCCCACAUGGAAGGUUUUUGAAUCCAGUGAAGAAUCCGGGAGUCUUGUCCUCACGAUCGUUGUAUCAGGUCACUUCUUCAUUUCCCAAGGGCAGACACUGCUGGAAGGGUUUUCACUCAUUGGCAGCAAGAACUGGUUGAAGAUUGUAAGACGCAUGGACUGUCUUCUGUUUGGAACAACAAUAAAGAACAAGAGCCGAAUGUUUCGUGUCCAGUUUAGUGGGGAGUCCAAGGAAGAGGCGCUGGAGCGCUGCUGUGGCUGUGUGCAGACCCUGGCCCAGUACGUCACCGUUCAGGAGCCUGACAGCACCACCCAGGAGCUUCAGCAGAGCCAAGGCCCCCGGGAGGCAGGUGAAAGCCAAGGGAAGGACCCACUGCAGCAGGGGCCCUCCCUGACCCUGGAGCAGCACGUGUGUAUGGCAGCUGGGGCAGGUGUUCUACAGGAAAGGACCUCAGUGACACAUCGAGCUCAGACCUUCUUGCAGAUGGCUCCUGCCCACUUGUAGCUCCAUUCACACUUAUAGUAGUUGGCUGCUACCUCUGCUCGAAUUCACUGAGGAAUCUCCGGUUCACUACAUCCUGGCUGUACCAGGCAAGGGCUUAUACUAACAACUCAUGCUUUUCACAGAACCUGUAUGUUUAUCAACCUGAAAGGAUGAGGAGUCCUUUUUUAUUUAAAUAGCAUCUAUUAAACUGUGUAAAUAGUGGUACAUAAAGAAAAUAAGGGCUGGGGGUGAGGUGGGGGGUGGGGUCAUGGCUGGCUUACUAACUUGAGAGCAGGCAGGAGAGCAAAUGCUGAUCAGGUACGAGGUCCUGGGUUCAAUCCCAGCCUGUACCCACAGAAAAAAAAGAAAGAAUUCUUACCUCUUAAUGCUCCAGCAACUGUGAAAAGGAAAACCCUUGUCCAGCAGGAGGCAGACUUCCCCAGUUCGGGAGUGUCUUACUAGGGCAAGGUGCUGUGUUCUGACACAGAGAACACUGUCAGCAGUGUCCCAGCACCUGAUUACAAGCAUCCAUAAGAACAGAAACAGCCCAGGUUUGCUCUGACCUUUUUGGGCAGAUGAUCCUGUGAAUAUAAAGUUGGAUAAACUUUUGGAAGACAACUGAUAUAAAACAAGCUUAGUAUCCUACUUUCUUAAGACUGAAUUUCAGCUACCUAAGUGUACAUUGUUUAUCAUAACAAUGUUUACAAUUAAGAAUAGAAUCAAGAGCUGGAGAGAUGGCUCAGUGGUUAAGAGCUCUGACUGCUCUUCCAGAGAUCCUGGGUUCAAUUCUCAGCAACCACGUGGUGGCUCACAAUCAUCUGUGACUAUCUCUGUCAUAGCUAAAGACUAUUACAGUGUGCUCACAUACAUAAAAUAAAUAAUUCUUUUUUUAAAAAAAUGGGAUCAAGAUAAAUGGUAUUUUGAGUGGCUAAAGUGAGGAAUUACUCCAGACAGACUAGAACUGUGAUCAGGCCAGCAAGGUGACCCAGUGGCUAAAGGUGCUUGUUGCCAAGUAUGAUGACCCAUGAGGUGGAAGAAAGUUACUCUCUCACAUCCAUGUGUGUCAUGGCAACCUCCCCCAACAACAAGCAAAUCAAACUCAUAUCAAGCCCUAUCAUUGGCAUGGAGAAAUAAUCACAGUACGUUAAUUUUUUUUAAGUUAUGAAACAGCACUAUUCCAUUUUUAUAAUAUACUAAAUUUGGAAGAAUUUAACAGUGGCUUUCAAUGGAGAACAUGACUGCAUAUUGUUUCUGUAGUCUCUUUAUUUCUUUUAGGCAGAAUCUGAAAAUGCAAUUUAAAUUUAGAAAGGUAAAUUUCUGUUAUUGAUUCAUGUUGUUCUUAGAGAAACUCUUGCACCAAGCCAAGCAGUAAACCCAUAGAAAGGAAGUUACCUGUCUGACAAUAUCAAUGUGAGACAUCUCACACACACACACACACACACACACACACACACACAAAACGCACACGCACGCGAGCUAAGCGCCAAAACUAAGUGGACCCAACAGAGCUGGAACUCACUGAUUCCAUGGGUGGUAAAUCACACAUCUUCCAAGCUGUCAAGCACAGACAGAUUUCAGUGUAAACUAACAUUUAAAUGCUGUUAACUUAUGAAUUGGUUUUCAGGGUUGGUGGUGUAGGCACAUACAAACCCUUAGGUUCUAUAUGCCUGUAAUUCCAAUACUCAAGUCGAGGCAGGAGGACAGAGUUCAAGAUCAUCCUUGGCAAUAAGGGGUUUGAAACCACCCUGUGCUACUUGGGACCCUCACAGAACUGACAAUCAGUCUUAGUGCCAGGACUGUAGGUAUACCACACUUUUUUUUUUUUUUGACUUGGGCUCUGGUGAUCAGACUUGGGUCGUUUGCUCGCCCAUCAGGCACUGAGCUAAUCUCCCCAGCUCCUAAUGUGGUUUUAAGAUGCUGCAGAUUACCAAAAGCUGUAUGAAUUAUGAAUGCCCAACAAGCAUACAAAAUGAUGCUCAGUAUUAUUUCUGAUUAGGGAAAUGUAAGUUAAAACUGCAACAAGACAGUGUAUUAGGAUAGCUAAAAUAAAAAAAAAAAAAAUUCACAGAACCAGUAAGAUGGCUCAGUGGGUAAAAGGACUUGCCAGGCAAGCCUGAUAACCCAAGUUCAGUCCUGGGAGCCCUAAAAUCCCAGCACUCCUAUGGCAAGAUGGGAAGCAGAGAUAAAGAACGUUGCUUGAUUCAAUGGCCAAAAACAAUGAGAUUCUGU